GCGCAAGUGCGCAGAUCGAGUUCCGAAGUUGCUCCAUGCAGUUUGCCGCGAACAUCUUCUGCUGACUUGCUUGUGGAUGCAGACAGCGCCAGCAUUGAGCAAAUCCAGGAGGCGAUCGAGAAUCUCCAGGAGGAAGGAUACAGGGUGCGAGCGAGAGUUUUUGCAGCCCCUGGCUGGGAUCUGGGGAGAAGGUGGGCUCCCCUUUUUGAGAGGAAGGAGGUGCUGUUCCAACCGGUGAGUCGGAGUCCUCGGAAUCGUGGGGAGGCCAAUGAUGAGGCCAUUGUCAGUGCUUGUAGGAGGCUGGCUGCAUCCAGGAGGAACAGGUGCAUUGUUUUACUAACAUCAGACUGCGGAUUCUUGGAUGUCCUGCGAGACAUUGCGCAAGAAGGAGCCUCUGUUUGCCUGUGCACCUCGACAAGAAAUGUAGCAGUCAUAAAGCAAUAUCGAGGUUGCGGUGUUCGCGUCAUCGAGUUGGUAAGCCGAACGAGCAAUUUUAGCAAAGUCAGAGCUGUUCUCCAUGCAAAUGGAGGUGGGCAUGUCGAGCUCGCGAAGCCAUUUAAAUAUGACGGCAGUGAAGAUAGAGAGCUGUGUAGCAACUUCUUGCAUGACCUGGGAUACAUGACUGAAAGUGACACCCUGACGCAGAGCACAGCAAAGUUCUGGUUCGCAAACUCAUUGGGGUCGAUCGUCAUAUUCCCACAGCAGUUCGCCACACAGAAAGUUUGUCGCCUGGUUUCAUGCCGGAGACCAUGGCAGAAGUACCGGGGCGACCUGGUACUGUUGCUUCCGUUGGCUUCUGCAGGAAAUUUGUCAAAGAAGCAACAGAGCAUCUAUGGGACCUCUCUCGGCAGGCAGUUGUAUAAGGGUGGUGGCCCCGUGAUGCUCAAAGAUUCCAAAGAUCUCGUCCGACGUGCAUUUACAAGGCUGGGGUAUGUAGACGGCGACCUUAACACGGAUAUGGAGGAAGCAGCUUUGGUUUUUGUCAAUGCACCUCACAACAGCUACGUGCUCCGCAAGGAUCUGGACUUGUUGCCGACUGAAGAGGACAGUUUCUCACACACCAUUGACAAACUACGUUGUGCUUUCCGGUCGAAUUCCUCCAAUGCUCGCUGGAAAGUUGCGCCGAGCGACAGCGCGAUCCGGCGGCUCCUCUGCAAGCAUGGGCUUCUUUCCAAUGUUCACGCCGCGGCCGCGGACGUACUGGCUGCAAUGACCGAGUACAGCUUGCAGCACGGCUUACCCACAAUGAGAAGCUAUAAUGGUCAUGUUUUUCGCAUACUGCGGUCUCUUGACUCCACCCCCACCUCCACCAGCUUGAUUGAAAUCAGCAGCUAG